AUGUCUUCUAAUAAUCAAGAAAACCCUCCAGCUACUACUGACAUGGGUAAUACGCCUCCACAGCAAAGUGUACGCGAAGUGCCACGAAUAAGGGAUUUCACUAUACGUAGAUUUUUGUAUGAUUCGGCGGUUAUGGUAUUUUCACUUCAUAUAAUGAUGCUUAGCUGGUGGUUCGUUAGGGAUGUAGUAGGUUUAUUCCUGUGGCAGACGCUUGUCCUGUCGCUUGAGCUAGGUUUAGAUUUGGCAGCAAGAACUUUGAAUAAAUGGCAAUCGGCAGUUGUUAAAGGAGCGAUAACAAUCUUUGGACUAAUACCAGCAGGAACAGGAUAUCUCUCCGGUUCGAAAUGUUCGGACUGGUGGCUAGCGCUUUUCGGCGUUGAGUCGGUGUCGGAUUAUAAAUCGGAGACCAAGCUCUGUGUUACUUUGGGGGCAAUAACUGUUACAGGACUACUCGCAUCGGUAGCCAUCAGUUCGUACGGAAAAGACGCAGGAUGGUUCUAUACUAACGAGAAUGCAGUUCUGCCUGCAGGACUAGUCAAAAGAGACCAGAUCGGGACUUAUUGGGCAAUACACGAGCUUGGCGUAGGGCUCGGCCAUAACCUGACUGGCAACUAUGAGGAUGUGGAUGCCGUGAUUGCGUAUGAUCUAGGCCCUCAUCACAAUGUGACAAUAAGAGCUCUCUAUAAUUCAACCGACACAGGAGAGGCAGCACUCGGUUAUUAUAUACAUACUCAAGGCCCACAAUUUCACUACACGGCCGUAUAUGACGUGGGAGAUGUGACGGCAGUGCUGGAAGCAGGUGCAUCUCACAUUGUAGGCAACGCUGCGAACUCCAAUAGUACUUUCACAAAGAGAGAUACUGGCUCAAUGUAG